CUUCUAUUCUUUGUACCCCCAAACCCCUCCACACAUCCCCCAGAAUGCUCUAUGCUCCCUUCCUCACUCCGUUUCCUUGCAAAGAUCCCAUCUUUAAUCAUCCAAAUCAGAGGGUUUGGUUCUCCGUCCUCUUUCAGGAAGCCUCAUCCCCUUCCACCUCCUCCAAUCCUCGAUUCCGAAGCCGUCUUGGAAGCAGUAUGCAUCAAUUUGAGGCGCCGCGACUGGAAUUUCCUGCAGCAGUUCUCUUCUUACCUCGUCGGGCCGUUAGUCCGCCGAGUUAUCCUUCGUUGUCGGUCUUCGCCUCGAUUAUCCCUAGAUUUCUUCAACUGGGCAUUGGAGCAACAGCGGAACAACGAGCGCUCUUCUCUUGAUUUAGAUACGUAUUCUGUCCUGAUUCAUGUCUUGGUGUCUGCGAGGAUGUUUGACGAAGCUUUGUGCAUCAUGAGACAAUUGAUGCAAGAAAGGCGUGUCGCUGCGCUGGAGCUAUUGGAUGCUCUCGCUCGAAGUCGUAAGAGGUACGGCGGGAGCCGUGAUGUCUAUGAUGCCAUGGUCCGGUGUUGUACUCAGAUUGGCGCUACCAAAGAUGCUUGUUUGGUGAUGGAGACGCUGCGAGCAAGAGGUGUUUGGGUGUCUGUUCAUGCCUGCAAUAACUUGUUGAACCAUCUUCUUAUGUCGAGUCAAGAUGGCGGAGUUGCGUUCUGGGAGAUGUACAAGGAAAUGCUGGCACUGGGGUAUGUUGAAAACGUGAACACCUUCAAUUUGGUUAUCUAUGGCUUAUGUAGGGAAUGUAAGAUUAGUGAAGCUUUCUCGGUGUUUUACCGAAUGCUAAAAGGAGGGGUUUUUCCUAAUAUUGUUACCUUCAAUAUGCUCAUCGAUGGGUGUUGCAGAAAUGGUGAGCUCAGUUUGGCUUACGAACUUUUCAAGAAGAUUAAGCUUGUGUCAGGGAAUAAUACUGAACCUAAUGCUGUAACUUUUAAUUGCCUCAUUAAUGAUCUCUGUAAGGCAGGGAGGGCAGAGGAUGGUGAGCAUGUGGUUAAGAAAGACAUGCUAAAAAAGGGAUUCCUACCUAACCUGAGAACAUAUGGGACUCUGAUUGAUGGCUAUGCAAGAGAAGGGAAGAUGGAAGAAGCUCUCAGGUUAUUUAUCGAGAUGUUGGAUGAUGGCAUGGUGCCUAAUGUUGUUGUGUAUAAUUCGCUCCUGAAUUGGCUCUUAAAGCAGGGUCACAUCGAGGAGGCUUGUUUCUUAUUGUCGGACAUGAGGAAGGUGCAUGCUUCUCAUGAUCAUUACACAUACGCAAUUUUGGUCGAUGGCUACUGCAGGAAUGGAUGCAUGCAAGAGGCUUUUGGAUACUAUAACCAGUGUAGAGAAGAGAAAUUGGUGAAGGAUGUGGUUCCCUACAAUAGCCUUAUCAAUCAUCUCUAUAAGCAAGGGAGGGUCUGUGAAGUGAAUCAGCUUCUGGGAAGGAUGUUUGUUAGCUGUCUGGCACCUGAUGUGGUUACUUAUAGUACUUUAAUUGAUCGAUUCUUCAAAGAUGGAAAGAUAGAUGAUGCUCUGAAGGUAUAUGAUGAAAUGAUAGAGGUGGGGCAAAGGCCUAAUCUAAUUACAUACAAUUCGAUCAUUCAUGGUUUCUGUCAAGUGGAAUAUGUAGAUAUGGCACGAUUAGCCAUAGAGGAACUGAGAAGUUCAGGUAUGCUGCUCGAUGUAAUCACAUAUAACACUGUGGUCAAUGGAUAUCUUAGGAGUCAGAGGGAUGAAGAGGCAUUAGAUUUAUGCAAAGACAUGCAAAAGCUAGGCAUAGCUGUUAAUGGAGUCACUUGCAACAUAUUUAUGAAUUACCUCUGCAAAUUUGGAUACUUUGAACAGGCAAAAGGGCUCUUGAGGAUUAUGCUGGAUGGAGGCUUGAGUCCAGAUCAAAUAACAUAUACGACGAUCAUUACUGCACUCAGUAAAAGUUCCCAAGCGAAUGAAAUUAUUGAGUUACAUGAUAAUAUGGUGCUUAGAGAAGUACCCCCCGAUGAGUAUACUUACAACACCAUUGUUAGCUGCCUCAUUCAAGGAAAGGCACAUUCCAAAUCAUGAUGAUUAGUGAUUUUAGAAAUGUAUACUGUCGAUUAGUCUGACCAUUUCUUGAUGUCUAAAGAAAUAUGCUAUUGGAUUUUCUUUUAAACCACUUGUUGGAUACAGUUCUUUAUGAUCAUAUCUAAUGAAGCCUAGGUUUCUUGUUCUCAAACUGCAGAUGGUUGUUGUAAAGGAUUUCUCUCAUCCAAGUUUCCAAUCAAGCUUGAUCGCUAUGCAUUACCUUAUUAUUUUGCAGUCUCAAUAUGAUCAAU